GUCAACUCUGAGGUCUCAGCAUUUUCUCAGUGGACAGAGAAACAGCCUGUGGGCAGGAAGAGAAUUUCCUGAAACUCUGAGUGGAUCCGAAAGUUCCAGCUGCCUGCAGAAUUGAGUAGGGCCGAGGAUGCAGCCGCAGGCGAAGGAUGCCGGGCUCAGGGUCCCGCAGGAGUGCACCAGGGGGACGUCCACGCCGGAGGCCCCCAAGCCCGGCUGGGCCCUAACGCUGGAGGGGCUGGCGGCCCUACGCCCCGAGCAGCGCCACCACCAGCUGCUCUUCGGUGAUCUGCUUGAGGACGUGGGCGCGGCCGCCUCCAUCUUCCCGCGCGAGUCGGUGGAGCUGGCGAACCGUAUGCCCGACCCGCGCGCGUGGACGCAGUCGCUGGAGCUGCCCGCGGAGCGCCAGGACCGGCUCCUCGGCGUCCUCAAAGCAGCCGAGGCCCGCGGACGCAUCCGCGCCUUGCGGCUGCGCUACACCCGCAUGCGGGCGGAGGAGAUCUCCCUCCUCAUUCUGCAGCAGAAGUCCGCGCGCGCCGCCAUCAGGCUGGAGCUGUUCCUGCCGCCGCAGCUGAAGCCCACGCGGAUUCGGGACCCGCUGGACCGUCAAGAGCGGAGGCGCGUGGAGACCAUCCUGGAGGAGAAAGUCGAUGGCAGCAUCUUCCCGCGUUGACGGUGACCCCACAGCACGCGAACGCGCCCCACCUUCACACAUAAAGUUCUCGUUCUCCAGGUGCCCCCUGGUCUUUCCGCUCCCCCUCUCCAGGUCCACGGAGAAGGAAGGGGGGAGUGUGGCUGCUGCCUCCCCCACAUCCGAUGCCACAGACAUCUGGGUACACAGCGUGGGGCUCCCCCAACAAAGUAGGAAGGUGCAAGUGGACAGGUGUCAGAUUAUCAGGGGACAGAGACACUCCUAAUCUCCCAGAUACAGGUCUGCCCCCAUCAGGCAACCUAGUGCCCUCUGAGUCCCUGAGGGCCCCCAGUCUGGGGGGGACAGGAGGAACCUGGCUGGGCAACAGUCACACCCCCAGAAGUAACCGCAGCCUUGGGGAGAAAGUGGGGCCUAAGUGGAACCCCAGAUGUCAGGUCAUCCCAUCAGGGGAUCAGAGAGGAGGAUGACGUCCUGGGCAGGGGUUAACUGCACCAGCCAGAGCUGGCCUUUGGAGGGUCAGCCUUGGGCGGGAAGUCCUCCAGAGGGCUGAGGGGCUGGGCGAGGCAGGCCCCUAGUGCUCCAGACAGAAAAUCACCCUCUGGUUUUCCUUUCCAUUCUGAAUGGCCUCCUCUGCUCCCCUCACGCCCCCUUACCCGCCCACCACACACACACCCUCACGCACACAUUCACACACAGGACAGGAAGGAAACUACCCCUGCCCCAUUCUGACACACGCCCAUCCUGCACACCCUCUGGGCUCUGAAAAGCCUCCCAAGUUUCUGGACAGAAUUUACUCUUCUCCUUGAGACAGGCUCUUUGUGGAGUCUGGAACUUCUUUAGGCCACCUCUGCCUUUUCCUCCCUCCCAGCCCAUCCCAGCCACUGGCUGCAGAGGGGGGUCUGCAGGAGGGACUCAAACGAGCCCUCUCCCUGCCAGGGGCUCCUGCUGAGUCCACCGGCAGAGAACUGAUCCAGGAGUGGUGCGCUCUUUACCGGCAGAGGGCAGAGCUGGGUUCUGACUAGGAAUCCUGCUGCGUGACAGCCAGUGCCCCUCCCUAACCUGGCUCAGGACAGGACAGAGCCCCAUGGGGACCUGGGCCCUCGGAGCCCUCAGCAAGCCCUUUUCCCCUGCA